CCGGUCCUCUCUGAUCGAGUCGCCCCCCCUCCGGGUCUCUGGAUCUCAGCGUCACGCUGAGGUUUCCCCCCCUGCUGCAUGCGUAACAUCUCCGGCUCCAGCCUGCCUCUCCUGCCCGGAUCUCUCCGAACACGCACGACCAGAACGCCAGGAUCUUCCUCCUCCUGUUCGGGUCCAGAGAGRGGGGAAAAAACGAGGCUGGGAUUUCCUCUUAUCGUUUGAUGAUUAUUAUUUUUUAUUCUUUUGACAGAUCCAAUUUUCCUCGUGUGCGUGUGUGUGUGUGUGUGUGUGCGCGUGUGUUGGGUGGAGUCAACCCGGAUAUCUCCAAAUUGGAAGAACCGUUCAGGAGCACCGCCAUGAAGGACGGCAUCGCCAACAACAGCACGGCCAGCAUCUCCCAAGCCAGGAAAGCUGUAGAGCAGCUGAAGAUGGAGGCCUGCAUGGACAGAAUAAAGGUUUCCAAAGCGGCCGCAGACCUGAUGGCGUACUGCGACGCCCACAUACGAGAGGACCCCCUCAUCGUGCCCGUCCCCGCCUCCGAGAACCCCUUCCGGGAGAAGAAGUUCUUCUGCACCAUCCUCUGAUGACCCUGCCGGUUCGAGCGGUCCGGGUCCGGGCAUGGCGUUGCCUGGCUUCUCUUGUCUUCACCACACCUGAAGCUACUGGCCAAUAGGCAUUGAGUUGAGGUUUGCCUGGCGGACACUCUGUUGUUGGUCAGCUCGGUCCUGGUGGCUGAAGUUUUUGGGGGAGUCGGCCACCAAGGCGGCCACCCAGUGAGCGUAUCAUGUCUUGUUUAAAUAGGUUUGUUAUUGCUUUGUUAUUAGAGAACAGCCUUGCUCAAUGCUUCAUGAGAUGAAAGAUUACUUUCCCUUUUUAUUCCCUUUUUGUUGUGCUAGAUCCCAAUUUGCCUCAGGAAACAGAAAUUUUCUCCAACUUUUUAAACAACUUUACUAAUUUCUCCACCUUAUAAUUUUGCCUCGUGUUUAUUUUUAAUUAUUUUGACUGCUAAUGCGUCACUGUUUGUAGCAACGCCUCCGUCAGUCGUGGUUCUCCUGCUCGUUUGGUCCAAUUAAAGCUGAGAGACAGAACCUUUAUCUCACAAGAUGAGUAAUUUCAGCUUCGCUCAGAUUAAGAAGGAUGAGGCUUCACAUCCGCUUCCACCAGUAAUGAAACCAAGCGGGUGGGGGACGCCUUCAAGGACAAAACAACGAUCGAGACGAGAAUUAUUUAUCAAUCUGUCACUUCCAAUGCCACCUUUAAAGGUACUCAUUGCAAAAUAUGAAAACAGACUUUCAAGUGUACAUCAAAUGGCGCAGUUUGUAAGAGUCGAGCAUAGAGUCCGCUGAAAACCACGAGGAAGCUYGAGUUGACCUGCAUAAGACAAAAAUGUUUCAAAAGAUGCAAGACAUCUGUUCUUACUUUGGUAAUUUCUUUUGAGAACUUGCAGCAGCAACUCCUGGUAARCCCCUCCCACUACAGAACAUGGCAACAACACAGCGAGAGCACGGCUGGCAAGGUGGAUGUUUAUUUUGUGAAGAAGAUUUGGUAUUUYUGCAAGCAGUAAUUUGCAAAUUUCUAAAAAGACAGGUGCGGGAAAGUGUCCCUACGCUGUCCGGCUAAGCCACCGGUGUCUCCACGCUGUYUCYUCYAUGCGCAAUAACUGCGAUAUCUUCUUCCACGAGUUCUUUGCCAUUUGACAACCUUUAGAAAUUGUUGCCGGAAUAGUUGUAAAGAUGAGGCAAAAAUAGAGUGACAUACUUCGGCGUAAAUCACGCCCACAAAGUUUUGACCAAUCGCACAACACUUGGAACGUAUCACCCCAAGAAGUAAGUUCUGCCAGGAGUUUGUUCCCAGAAUGGGUUCUGAGAGAUCACGCAAGAACAUAAAGACGGAAUGUUAGUCAAGCAGCUCUGUCAACAAAUAUAAAUAUUUACAAAUAUCGACAUGAAUAUCAAUAUUUUCUGUUUUUUCAGCUUUUUUCGUACAUAAACAAAUGCAGGUUCACAAAUUUUGCUAAAAAACUGUUAAAGCACAUACAAGAAAACUAUCAUGCAGAUUUUGUUUCUUACUUUACGAUUUUUUAAAAUCUUUUAGCUGUAUACAUAUCUUGGUAAUGAGUACCUUUAAUAUAAUUUGCGACAACUAAAGUGGAUUCAUCGCAGCUCCCAGCUGGAGGCGUUUUCUGUUGUUCUUAAAAAGUUUUUGUUUCCUGAGCCCGAUUCCUCUCUGCCUGUCCCAGACUGAAUGAACGGCGAGCCCUUUUGACAUUAAAGCCAAACCGGAGGGGCUGCAUGUUUCUUCGCUCCUGUUUUUUAGACGGUUUCCUCUCUUUCUGAGGGCCUGUCGGUCUUUUAGAGUGUACAGUACGUUCCAGUGCCAACGUCUUAURACAACGGUGUGAUCCUCACGCUGUUGGUCCCUGCAGCCUUUUACUGUUUCUCUUUGGUUUUUAGACUAAAAAAAAAGCACACUGUUGAAACCUUUCCUUUACAUGGUAGUUGACUAGUUUUUUGCUAAUUUUUACGAUGACUUGUUAUAAUCGUUCUUAAUAUUGUUAUUAUCAGUAGUAAUAUUUAAUAUUUGUUGCAUAGCACUGACAGCUACAUGACGUGAAGUGCUAAUGAGCUUGUAUGAUACUUAGACAAAGUCAUUUAUUUAUAAGUCAUGCAAUUAUUGAUACCGUCUAUGUAUUUUAUAAAAAAAAACAGCGAUCGUUUACACAGUUAUGAUCUCUGGUGGUUUGGGCAUUCUGAAAUUUUCUUCCCUCCUGAUACUUGAAUCCAAUCAGUAAUCAUUCUCUUGAUACUGGACUUGAACAAACUAUUGUUGUCAAAUUACAACCACGGUUCUGAGAAAAGUUGUGUAAAAUGUAAAUGAAAACAGAAUCACUUGCAAAUUUGAUAAACCCAUAUUUUAUUCAGAGUAGACCUAAUCCAAUGUUGAAAAUAAAGAGGUAAAAAAGGUAAUUUUGAGUUUGUUGGCGGUAAAAAAUGUAAAAACAUUUUGUUCUAGGGGCAAAAAAAGUAAAUGAUACAAACGAGAAACAUCUGGAGGAACAAUUUACAUUUUAACAGUGGUGGACAUGAUUCUGCUAAUCAGCUAACAGUUAAUAGCAGAACUAAGUGUUAGCAAACCAGUUAGCUUCUACUAAAUUGUGCUUCGCCAAUUUUUAGUCCGCUAACAGCUAACUAACAAGCUAACAACAGGUUUGUGUUAGUUCCACCAGUCUUCAGCUCAAAGGAGACUAAGAUGUUGGACACAGACUGAGUGACAGUUGUAUUAGCGGUUAGCUGUUAUUGAUAGCUUCUGCUAAAUUAGGUUCUGCCAACUUUAGUUCGUUAACAGCGAACUACAAAGCUAACAUCAGCAGGUUUGUGUCAGUUCCACCAGUCUUCAGCUCAUAGAAGAGGAAGGACUGGGAUGCAGACUGAGUGACAGUCAUUUUAGUGGUUAGCUGUUACUGUUAGCCUCUCUGAUGAUAUGGGGGUACAUGAAUGCCUCUGGCCUUCCCAGUUUACACAUCUGGAAAGGCACCAUCAAUACAGAACAGGACAGGUUUCACAAUGUCUGGUCCCAACAAGAUAGUCUUUUUUUUUUUCAGGGAAGGCUUUGCAUAUUUCAGCAAAACACUAGCAUUUCAAACAUUAAAAAUUACCUUAUUUUUAUAAAAUAAAUGUACAGAGUCAAGGUGGCAACAAUUUGAUACUUUGUUUCAUUUUGAAGAAAAUAUGACUUGAUCCUGGUUUUAUUGACAUGUUUACACUUCUUUUUUCUGAGCCGCGGUUGUAUUUUCAGGAUAACUCCAGGUCUCAGACCUCAUCAUAAAGAUGGUGCCAAAUCUGAAAGAAACACAACAGCUAGAGACAAAUAUUGCAUGAAUUUAUUUACGGGAGAACUCUAUUAUGAUGAUAUGAAGUAUUGCCUCCUCAUUUCUGGGUGCCACUCUGCACAUAAUAAUCUCAGUAGAGUCUGGAUGUGUCAGUAAUGUGCAGCUGUAUAUUUGAUGAGUAUUUUGGUUUCUUUUUUUUUUCCACGGAGAAAAAAAAAGCAUUUAAAUAGCAGGCUUUGUAAACCCUUUGAAGGAUGAAAUGAAUUAAAAAGAAAACAGUAACUCA